AACAUCACUUGUGACGUUUCAGUGGUCACAUCAUCACCGACGAUUCUCCGUCGCAAGAUCGCGUGAUAAUUUAGGAAAUUUCGCGUCAGUUGUCAGUACUUCAGAUCAUAUCGCAAGGCGGAAGUACUUUACGUGUUUGGUGCUUAUUGUCAGUCUUGGGAAACAGUGGAUUUCUGUCGCAGUCGUUCUGUCGCUGUUGUAAAACUCAGGCUGAACGCCUAAAAUACUACUAUCAACAUCGAGUUGAUUGUAAUCUCAAUCUGAGUUCAAGUUGUGACGGCAAAUUUUGGACCGCCUUGCCACCAUGAAUCCUGAAUAUGACUUUCUGUUCAAGCUGCUGCUGAUUGGAGAUUCGGGAGUCGGAAAGUCAUGUCUUCUUCUGAGAUUUGCUGAUGACACCUACACGGAGAGCUACAUCAGCACAAUUGGUGUGGAUUUUAAAAUCCGCACGAUCGAGCUGGACGGCAAGACGAUCAAGCUGCAGAUCUGGGACACUGCUGGCCAGGAGCGGUUCCGCACCAUCACGGCGGCCUACUACCGCGGCGCGCACGGCAUCAUCGUCGUCUACGACUGCACCGACCAGGAGAGCUUCGGCAACGUCAAGCAGUGGCUGCAGGAGAUCGAUCGCUACGCUGCCGAGAACGUCAACAAGCUGCUGGUCGGCAACAAGUGCGACCUCGCCAGCAGCAAAGUCGUCGACUUCGCCACGGCCAAGGCGUACGCCGACCAGCUGGGUAUUCCUUUCCUGGAGACCUCGGCCAAGUCGUCCACCAACGUGGAGCAAGCCUUCAUGACCAUGGCCGCCGAGAUCAAGAGCCGCGUGGGUCCGCAGGCGACCACCGAGCAGGCGGGCGGCGGCGCGCGUGUCAACAUCCAGAGUACCCCGGUGGCUGACGGAAAGGGGGGCUGCUGCUGAACAGGGGUCAUCUACACCACUCUUUCGAGACAGGCUCUGGCCACUGUACCAUCCGUCUCCACUGGACGGCAGUGUGGAGAGUGUCUCAUUGGUGAUACAAUGACUCUUCUGACCUUUUGUCACCCUGUCUGACAACGAGGCAGGCAGCUGUCAGCCCUGGUGAACGCUGAUCCCAGAUGACGGCUUCAUAUCGUGAAGACACGCUGAGUUUGUCAGUAAUGGUGACAGCCCAUGAAGGAACCGGUCUAGAAUGCCAUUUAGCAUAAUUACAGUCAUUAUUUAUGCAUGCCUAAUGUCCAUUUAUCCAUAUUACCAUUCAUGUACGUACAUCUUUGAGGGAGCAUGUUUGUUUGUAGUAUCCUUUAUAGGCAUCAUGUCUGUUUCUAUGGACACUGUCUUUUCUUCAGUGUCCCAUUUUAAGCAGCCUCACAUCCGAAACGACCUUAAAAACGGAGAGACAAACCCGAGCCGUUCGCACCAUCUCAUUUAGCAAUUUUCGGGGCUGGGUAUAGUAUUAUGCCGACAGAUCGGCAUUCGGCAUAAUACGCGGAAUCGGCUGUCUUGACAUCUGUCAAUCUUUCAAUCGGCUGCCCUGAUGUCUCUACAUCCCUCUGCUAGACAGAUUUUGAACUCACAUGCCUCUAGACUGAGGGGACGGACGGUAUAUCGCGUGUUUUCUGCGUGUGUGCUUAGAUUGGUGGAUGUUUGUGGUACUUAGCCGGUGAGCGAUUCCGUCACUUUGUACGGGAUUGGCUGUAUAUACUGCACGUGUGUGAUGCUGAGGGUGCACCUUCACCUGACCGUGCCGUGGCUGCGCGCUCUGUGAUCUUGGCUGCCUCUCUCGCCGAAGAAAUGUAUCUCGCGGGCAGUUUCACGGCGAGGUGUGCGUUUUGACAUAAUUGUGCAGCUAUCCUGCUGAUGCCUCAUCGUAGACGUGCCAUUGUCCGGUCGGGUGGCCGCCGGGGACCGAAAAUGUUGGGUUGUGGGAUGGCCGUGUGAUGGCGCUGAGACGGUGACGAUGCGGUUGUAUCCAAGGCCGUAUAAGAGGUUGUAUCGGUUGUAUCAAUGCUGUAAGAGUUGCAUAAUGGGCCAGUUGGCGGCCCGGCGGUGGCUGCAGCAAUCGCUAAGUAUGUGGCUUAUGCAUUGUAUGCCCGUUUUUCGUCCAGUAAAUAUAUUUUAGGAGUAAGUUUGCUCAA